AUGGCUGCCGUUACGACCGAAUUGCCUUACCUCGCGUCGCAUUACUCCAUUGCGGAGUCUGCGCUAACUACCCUUACCCAAGCUCCUACGGUCGAACUGGUGAACCAGCUCUUGGAAGCUAUCACGAAGAAGGCUCGCGAUCAUGACGAGCUCAAGUCGGAUAAGCUUCGUUUGGAGGUGGAGCUCGAAGGUGCCGUCCGCAGCAGCGAUUCAAAGAUCAAAGUUCUGAAGAACUCUGUUGAAAAGGGCCACACCGAAGUGGAGGAGACGAGAAAGAAAUUACACGAGGCUGAAAAUACCUGUUCCAACCUGGAAUCCGAAAUCGCCGCCCUGAAAUCGUCAUCUACGUCCAAUGAAUCCGAAGUUACCUCCCUCAAGUCGCGUAUUUCUUCUCUCGAAGCUUCGAACCGGGAUACUCUCUCGCUCCUGGAAUCCAAGUCCGCCGCGUACGACAAGCUGGCCGAGGACCUUUCGGCGCAGCACAAGAAAGCUAUUGAGCUGCGACGUGAGCUGUCCACUGCUGAGCAGAACCUGCAAGCCGCCAACUCCGCCUCCGCUAGUGCCCGAUUCCGCGAACAAAGCCUGGAGCAAGAUUUGGACCUCACGAAGAAGAACAACGAGUGGUUCGAGACGGAACUGAAGACUAAAUCUGCCGAGUAUCUCAAGUUCCGCAAGGAAAAGAGUGCGCGGAUCUCGGAGCUUCAGCGCGAAAACGAGGAAGCUAUCUCUACGAUUGACUCUUUGAGACGCACUGAGAACACCCUCAAGAGCCGUCUUGACGAUGUCGAACAACGCUACGAAGAAUCUCUGUCUACUAUUCAUCAACUCAAGGAGAACGCUAUUCAGGCAGCUGAAUCGUUCAGAAUCGAACUCGACAGUGCCAACCGGCUGGCUGAGCUACAAGGCAAUGCCGCCGAAACUGCCAAGCAACGUGUGCAGGAGUGUCAACUUGCUCUGGAGAAGGCACGGGAUGAUGCCGCAGAGGAGAUCUCACGACUGCGCGUGGAGGCUGAGACGGAACACGGUGAUAAGGAAGCCGCUGAACGCCGUGUCGCCGAGCUCGAGCUUUCUGUUAGUCAACUUGAAUCGGAGGGCGCCGGUAGUCGGGUCCCCAUGAGCCCGGGGCUGAAUGGAGGACCUAGCACUCCUAUGCGUGCUUCUACCCCGAUCGGCGCUUUCUCGCCGAGGACCUCCCGCGGCAAGGGUAGUCUUACGCUCACGCAGAUGUACACGGAAUACGAUAAGAUGAGAACGCUCCUUGCUGCGGAACAGAAGACAGGCCAAGAACUCCGAACCACCGUCGAUGAAAUGAUGCAGGAUCUCGAAGCAUGCAAGCCUGAAAUCGAUGAGCUGCGAGCCGAGAACACGAGGCUGCAGGAUGCAGUUGUUGAGAUGUCGAAUAUCUUGGAAUCGUCUGGAAAGGAGAGAGACGAUGCCACGAAGGAGGCAAGAAAGUGGCAAGGCCAAGUGGAAGGAUUGUCCCGCGAAGGCGAUAUUCUGCGCCAGCAGCUUCGGGACCUGAGUGCUCAGAUCAAGGUUCUGGUGCUAGAGGUGGCAAUUAUGAAGGAGGGUGAAGGUAGCUACGACAGGGAAGAGCUCGAGAAGAUUGCUCAGAAGGAGGUUGAUGACUCUGCUGCGGAGCUUACUCCAACAGGACGCUUCAUCAGUCACAACCUGAUGGCUUUCAAGGACCUUCAUGAACUGCAGGAGCAGAACGUCACCCUUCGACGCAUGCUCAGGGAGCUGGGUGACAAGAUGGAGGGCGUUGAGGCGCGCGAGAAGGACGCUGUUCGCCAACAAGAGCAGGAAGAACUGAAGGAACUCAGAAUUCGUGUGCAGACGUAUCGCGACGAGAUUGCCAACCUUGUCGCGCAGACGAAGAGUUACGUGAAGGAACGUGAUACUUUCCGAAGCAUGCUCACCCGCCGACGUCAAACCAUUGGUGAAUCUUCUGCUUUCUCACAGUCACUACCUCUCGGCGCUGCUCCACCGACUGAAGAGCAAGCCAAGGAUCCUACCGACUACGCCGACCUGCUGCGUAAGGUGCAAGCACACUUCGACAGCUUCCGCGAGGAGUCUGCCACCGACCAUUCUGCCCUGAAGCAGCAAGUACAUGAUCUUUCCCGUAAGAACAGUGAGUUGAUGAGUGAGAUCAGUCGCUCGAGCAGUCAGCUUGGCGCCGCCACUCAGCGCGCAGAACUGCUCCAGAGCAACUUUACUAUGCUCAAGAACGACAACUCCGAACUCCAGAAACGUUAUGCUGCGCUUUUGGAGAACGCAAACAGGCAGGAUCUGAGAACCCAACAAGCUGCAGAGGAUCUGGUUGAGACUAAGGGUCUUGUCGAGAGCCUGCAGCGGGAGAAUGCGAACCUGAAGGCCGAGAAGAGUCUCUGGAAAAACAUCGAAAAGAGACUUAUCGAGGACACCGAGACGCUACGGAAUGAGCGAGGCCGCCUGGAUUCGCUCAACGCAAACCUGCAGACCCUUCUGAACGAGCGCGAACACAACGAAUCCGAACGAACUCGCCGCUUGGAACACAAUGUUGAAUCUCUCGAAACUGAAUUGCAGUCGACAAAACGCAAGCUCAACGACGAGGUCGAAGAGUCAAGGAAAGCUGCCCUGCGGAGAGAAUAUGAACAUGAGCAAAGCCAGAAGCGAAUCGACGACCUGGUUACCAGCCUGGGCUCUGUUAGGGAGGAGCUCGUUGCCACGAAAACAACCAGAGACCACCUGCAAUCUAGGGUGGAUGAGCUUACCGUGGAGCUUCGGAGUGCUGAAGAACGCAUCCAAGUUGUUCAGUCCAAACCUAGCGCUCCUGCACCCGUUGCUGAACAUCCUGAAACCGCCGACGAGGAUGGGCAGACCAGCGACUUGACUCGUGAACAGGAGUUAGGCCUCCAAGUUGCCGAGUUGAAGCGUGACUUGGACCUGGCUAAGGGCGAGCUCGAGCAUGCCAAGGAGCAAGUGGAAGACUACAAGGCCAUCAGUCAAGCGACCGAGGAACGCCUGCAGUCUGUUACCGAUACCAACGAGCAAUAUCGCGAGGAGACCGAUCGUCUUAUCGAGGAGAAGGACAAGAAGAUCCAAGACCUUGAGAAGCGGAUUGAGGAGAUCUCUUCCGAGCUCUCGACUACAAACACGGAGCUGUCGAAGAUCCGCGAUGAGCAAGGAGAGGUAUCGCGCCGUCUGGAGGAACAGAAGACUGCCCUCGAAACUGAAAUCACCCGACUGAAGGAUGAGAAUGAACGCCAGGUUACUUCCUCUCGGUUCCACCAAGAUGACCUGAAGGCCCAGGCAGAAAUCGCUCAGCAGGCCCAGCAGAACUACGAAACUGAAUUGGUCAAGCAUGCUGACGCAGCGAAGAACCUGCAACUGGUUCGCUCCGAGGCCAACCAGCUGAAACUCGAACUUGUUGAGAUGCGGACGAAGGCCGACACUUAUCAGAAGGAUCUUACACAGAAGGAAGAGAGCUGGAAUGAACUGAAGGAGAAGUACGAGGGCGAGCUGUCGGAGCUGCACAAGCGUCGUGAGGAGGUUCUUCACCAGAACAACCUGCUCCAUACUCAACUGGAGAAUAUCACAAACCAAAUCACGGCCUUGAAGCGAGACCGUGCCAGUAUCCCCGAGGCUGAACAAGGAGAGACAGCGGCACCGGAUUUGGAGAACCUCCAAGAGGUCAUCAAAUACUUGCGACAAGAGAAGGAAAUCGUCGACGUUCAAUAUCACCUGUCUACGCAAGAGAGCAAACGUCUUCGCCAGCAAUUCGAAUACACCCAAUCUCAGCUCGACGAGGCCCGACUCAAGCUUGAACAGCAGCGUCGCGCCGCUGCCGACAGCGAGCACAGUGCAUUGAGCCACAACAAGCUGAUGGAAACUCUCAAUGAACUUAACCUUUUCCGAGAGAGCAGCGUUACGCUUCGAAGCCAAGUCAAGCAAACCGAGGCUGCUCUCGCCGAGAAGUCAGCACGCGUGGAGAGCCUUGAGAAGCAGAUGGAGCCAUUGCAAACGAAGAUCAGCGAACUGGAGAAUGUGGUCGAAACGAAGGACGGAGAAAUGAAGCUCUUGCAAGCAGACAGGGACCAUUGGCAACAGCGCACCCAGAACAUCCUGCAAAAGUAUGACCGGGUUGAUCCUGCUGAAAUGGAAGGCCUGAAAGAGCAGCUCACGUCACUGGAGAAGGCCAGGGAUGAAGCCACGGCCGCUCGCGAUGCCCUCCAGACCGAGGUUGACGGAUUCGCGGAGAAGCUGAAAGCCCAUGGGGAUGAAAGGGUCCACGACUUGCGCGCGAAGCUUACCGAACAGUUCAAAGCUCGCUCCAAGGAGCUCAGCGGGCGUAUCAAUGCGAAGCAAGCGGAGUUGAACGCUGCCCUCCAGGAGAAGGAGGUGCUGCAGGAAGAGCUGAAGACUACCAAGGAGGAGCUGGCCACGCUCAAGACUAAGCUGGCUGAGAAGCCGGCCUCUCCUGCGCCUGUCGUAGAGGAGCCCUCCACUGCCCCUGCCGCCGGCGUCGACUCUACCCCGGCAUCUCAGUUCCCCGUGGCGACCACCCAGGUGGCAGUGCCCGCUGACGACGAGAAGGUUAAGGCCUUGGAGGAGAAGAUACAGCGCUUGGAAGCUGCGCUUGCUGAAAAGGAAGCCGUCAUCGCCGCCAAGGAUGCAGAGCGCGAUGCGAAGAUCAAAGAACGGGCUGACAAGCUCAAGGAAACCUUCAACAGCAAGAUGGCUGAAGUUAGAGCUGCCCACCGGCAGGAACUUGAGAACCUCAGGUCCACUCUACCAACGGCGCAACCCUCCGCCCCUCAAGAACCCAACACGCCCGGUCCGCAGUCUCAGCAGGCUCCUGCCACCCCCGCGAAAUCUGACGGAGAACUCCCUGAGCUUACUGAUGCUCAGGCAAGAGCCCUGGUUGCUUCAAACAAGACCAUCCAGACUAUCGUCCGAAGCAACAUCCGAGCCAUGCUUUCCAAAGAACAGGAGAAGCACAACCAGGAAGCGCAAGAAGCCAACCAGGAGUCCUUGUCCGCCUUGGAGCAGAAAUUCAACGAAGAAAGGGAAGCUCUUAAGAAAGCGUACGAGGACGGCGUGGAGGAGAAGAUCAAGUCCGCAGUCGAGUUGUCCGACAAGAAAACGUUGGUCAAGAUCAGCAUGCUUGAUACUCGGUGCAGGACUGCUUUGGCCAAGAUUGAAGUUGUCCAGAAGGCUGCUACUGACACCCCACAAAAGCCUGUCGUUGAGGUAUGGGAAGUAGCCAAGACAACCAAGGCCCCGCCUGCGGCUCCUCCCAAACCCCAACCGGCUGCUUCACCAGCCCAGCCGCCUUCGCAACCAGCCACACAGCCCCCAACCCCAGGACCGGCAACGGCACAACCUACACCUGCAGCGGCACCUCCUCCACAGCCCACACCCGCGGCUCAAAUUCCUCAGCAAACCCAGCCACAGACCCAGCCACAAGCUCCCUCGAUACCGGCACCGGUACCGGCAGUCCAACCUGAGCCGGCUCCAGCAGCCGCUGCUCCCCAGACUACCCAGCCCGAGCCUGAGGCCCAGGCAGAUGGAGAGCAGGAGCAAGAAGAGGGACAGGUCGAUGAAACCGACAACUCCUCGGCUGCAGCGCCCCCAGUGGCAAAUGGACAGCAGCAACAGCAACAGCAGCAACCUUCAUCGCUGCCUAGCAAACCUCCUGCUGGGUCAGGCGCGGUCCUGCGAAGCCUUCAGAGUGCUCUUCCAGUUGCGCGAGGUGGCCGAGGAGGUGCUCGUGGUGGUCAUCAGCAAAACCCAUUCGGGCCCCAGGGUCAGCAACAGCAACAACAGCAUGGUCAAUCCCAGCGUGGUACGGGUAUCGGCCGUGGACGGGGUGGACGAGGUGGAUUUGGCCGAGGCGGAAAUCAAAACGUGCAGACCAAUGUUCCCCAGGGACAGGGACAGGCUAGUCCUGGUGCUGGACGAGGAGCCCAUUUGAGUGCCAACGCCCGCCAAUUCGUGCCUCAAGGGAAUAAGCGAGCUCGCGAGGAUGGCGGCGAGGGUGGAAAUGACGGAGGAGCAAAUGGUGGAAAGAGGAUGAGAGGUGGUGGACAUCCUAGAGGAGGAUCCUGA